AUGUCUAUAUUACCAUAUUUGUUGGGCCAUUCCUUAUUGGGACGCUCGUAUCAUACGCGUCCAUCAAGAAUUUUUGAUCAACAUUUUGGAACUGUACUGGACACAGAUGAUCUUUUACAACCGAUUGAUGUUGCAAACACAUUAUUACGCUGCCCUGCUGGAUACAUCAGAAAUUGGAGAUCUGCAGCUUCCGAACAAGAUUCGGGAUCCACAGUUACGUAUGGAAAGGAUCAAUUUCAAGCAAACUUAGAUGUCCAACAGUUCAAACCGGAGGAAAUUACUGUUAAGCUAACGGGAGAAAAUACUAUAACUGUUGAAGGAAAACAUGAAGAAAAGGAAGAUGAGCAUGGACAUGUUUACAGACAUUUUAUUAGAAGGUACACGUUACCUAAGAAUUACGAUACCAACCAGAUUCAAUCUAAAUUGUCAUCAGAUGGUGUUCUUUCAAUUACUGCUCCUAGAACUGAGGCCAUCCAAGAAAGCAAGAACAUUCCGAUUACACAAACUGGAGAAGCUGUAAAAGCUGUGGAGGAAAGAACUGAAGGAGAAAACAAACGAAGAAAAACAGAAGUGAAGUAA